AUGAGCACUGAUUUUGAACGUAUCUAUCUCAAUCAGUCAAAGUCUAACGGAAGAUUUCGUAUUGCGGACUCUGGGCUGGGAUGGAAGAUCUCCAAUAGUGGCGGAUCUACAGCGGGACAGCAGAAGGCGCCUUUGUUACUUCCCGCCACUGAGUUGGCAUCGGUACACUGGAGUAGAGGCUGUAGAGGCUACGAGUUGAAAAUAAACACAAAAAAUCAAGGUGUGGUGCAACUGGAUGGAUUCUCUCAAGAGGAUUUCAAUUUGGUCAAAAAUGAUUUCAAAAGAAGGUUCAAUGUGCAGGUUGAGCAACGAGAGCACUCAAUGCGUGGCUGGAAUUGGGGUAAAGCCGACAUGGCCCGUAACGAAAUGGUUUUCGCAUACAAUGGGAAGCCUACCUUCGAAAUUCCAUAUGCGCAUAUCAGUAACACGAACCUGACUGCAAAAACUGAAGUAGCCGUUGAAUUCGAUCUCGCUAAGGAAGACUAUAACCCAGCUGGGGAUGAGCUUGUGGAAAUGAGGUUCCAUGUACCGGGCACGAUACAAGAGGGAGAUGAGAACGAAAAGGAGGACGAACCUAAGGUCGAAGACCAAGAGGGCGUGGAAACGGAAAAAGAACAAAAAUCUACCGCGGAAUCAUUCUACGAAGAACUUAAAGAGAAGGCUGACAUUGGCGAGGUCUCAGGGGAUGCCAUUGUAUCAUUUCAAGACGUCUUCUUCACGACUCCAAGAGGCCGUUACGACAUUGACAUCUACAAAAACUCUAUUAGACUCAGAGGUAAAACAUAUGAAUAUAAGCUGCAACAGCGCCAAAUUCAAAGGAUUUUUUCUUUGCCCAAAGCUGACGACAUUCACCAUUUGAUGGUACUGUCCAUCGAACCUCCAUUACGCCAAGGACAAACAUCUUACCCAUAUCUGGUGAUGCAAUUCCAGAGAACUGAAGAGACAGAAGUCCAGCUCAAUGUCGAAGAUGAAGAGUUUGAGGAGUUGUACAAAGACAAGCUCAUGAAACAAUACGACGCCCAGACGCACGUUGUUCUAAGCCAUGUAUUGAAAGGUUUGACAGGACGCAGAGUCAUAGUUCCGGGCCAAUACAAGUCCAAAUACGAGCAGUGCGCUGUAUCAUGCUCGCUCAAAGCUAAUGAAGGACAUUUGUAUCCGCUCGACAAUGCUUUCCUAUUUCUAACGAAACCUACAAUUUACAUGCCAUUCAGCGAAGUUAGCAUGGUCAACAUUUCAAGAGCGGGUAAAACAACUACAUCCGCUAGAACCUUUGAUCUAGAAGUUAUCUUGCGUGCAAAUGGUGGGACUACCACAUUUGCCAAUAUUUCGAAAGAAGAGCAACAGUUGCUCGAGAGCUUUUUGAAAUCCAAAAAUUUGAGAGUGAAAAACGAAGAGAAAGAAGCCCAACAGAGACUCGAGAGUGCACUUGGAUCCGAUAGUGGCGAUGAAGACAUAAACAUGGGCUCCGCAGGCGAGGAUGACGAAUCAGUAGACGAGGACUUCAAUGGCAGCUCCGAGGAUGAUGUGGCGGAAGAGUUUGACUCGGACGCCCCGGCUAGCGACAGCGAGGUAGAGGGUGAGGACGACAGCAGACCUACAAAGAAACCAAAAGUUGAAUAG